AUGACGACCUCAACAACCCAAAUCCUCUUUAACUCUCCAGCGCUGCACUCGCUCAAACGUGACCAACUCGUGAAGCUCUGCAAGAUACAUUCCGUUAAGGCCAACGGAAAGAACACUGAGCUCAUCGCGCGAUUGAAGGAACUCACACAAUGUCUCCCACCCGAAGGACUGCGGACGGAAACAGAAGUGGACCCGGCUUUCGGCAGCACUCUCCAAGCAACUUUGGACGCCAACCCGCUUUCCCCCUCCAUGGAUGAAGACGACGCAAUGGAGGGAAUACCCGACAUACCCGUCGGCUUUGGCGACGACAUGGACGCGAUGGACCAAGACGUUGAGCUACCAAUGCUUUCCUCGCACUUCACCACACGCCCGAGCGAACAAUGGGAGGUCGUGAUGGAGGACAUCGAGGAGAUGGACGAAAGCCGGGCCGGCACAAUGUCAUCCAAGGGAAGUCUAAAGGCGUUUUCUAGCGGCGAGUUCGGCACGCAUUCAUCCAAAGCUUCCGUCUCUUCCUCCAUCAAGGCUCUCGCGACGUCGUUGGGCAUCAAACGCGUAGUAUCCAAGGCGUCAACCUCCAUCCACACACAAGACUCUGAAGCAGAGUUGAAGAUGACAUCUUUCUCCCCUGGAAAGAUCUUUGGCUCCACUAAGGCGCGCGACUCUCUCAUCGCGAACGCCACCCCGUACCACGAGAUUCCCCCCUCUGACUCACUCCCGGAGACCGACCAGUUCAAGUUCUCCACUCCCGAUGCCAGUUUCCUCAGUAUGGCCGAAGGCGACGACACCGAAAACAGCAACGACGGCCCUCCGCCUGUGCGCGUUCUGACCAACAUCGCAAGCGGAACGAAGGGCACCAUCAGGCUGGUCUCACAUCCAACGAAGGUCCAACCACGGGACAACUCGCUUUUCAUGAGCCCUCCAAGAUUGCCCGUCGUGCAAACCGACUUCGAUCUCAUUGCCGGCACUCCAGGCACCGUCCGAACGCUCAACAUGUGGCCAGCGUCGCCUCAUCCGACCCUUCAAGACCCCGGCGAGCGACUCUACCCCAAACUCCCGCUGGACAACGACUCUGACAUCCCAGGCGGCUUCGGUUUCUCGAGCACCGCCGCGAUGACUCCUGCCAAGACCCCGGCGAGAUCCAGCGUGUACGCAACCUCCACGACCAAGACUGCAGCAACACCGGUCGACGAACCGGAUAUGUUCUCUCCCUCGAAGCCUACCGCGAUGACCUCGCACGCCGGAGCCACUCCUGGGCCAUCGAACGGCCGCACACCUCUCCCACGCAGUACCCCCUUCCUGUUCGGCUCUCCUCUCCCUCGUCGCGAAACAAAAUCGAGCACCCAACCAAAAGAAGAAUCGCUUGUAGACGCCGCAGCCGGGGUGUCAAACGCCGCGUUCGACGGCGUCGCCAAGUCCGUACUCGAGGAGAUGCACCGACGCCUCGCGGAGACAAACGCGGCCCGCAGCGAGGACGCCCCCAUGGCCCCUCCCCAACCUUUCUUCAACGCUGUCCCCACUGCCGCCGCGCCCGCCGUGCAAAUGGAUCGCUUCGCGAAGGCGCAUGAUGUGGUAUUCGACAAGAUGGACUCCAUCGCAACACACUACGCAGCGCGCCGGCCCAUCAAGCGGAAGUCGGAUGCGCUGGGACGCGGGCGGCCGUCGGCGGGGCAGAAGAGGAGGAGCAGCGCGGCGAACGCGCGGGUCAUCAGCGCUGGGGCGCGCAAGCGCAUGGCGGUCCCUGGCGGGUUUGGGGGUGGUGAUGACGAAGUGGAGAGUGCGGAGGAGGCGGCAGAUGAGGGUGAGCGGGAACGGGCUGACGAUGAAGACGCGGGUGACCGCCGAGCCAGUAAGCGGGUUAAAAUCACUCAGGGAUGGGACGUCCACAAGGGUCAACGCGUCUCAUUGGCACCCCCUCUCCCGCCCGACGAAGAGGUGAAGAAGGCGAAGGAACGCGAGGCGGUGAAGCGCGAGCUUGACGCUGCGAAGGCGCGGAGACGGAGCAGUCGUGGUCGGCCAAGCUUGGUCGCCCCUCCACCGAAAGCCAAGUCGCGGUUCGGCUUCCUCUCCUCCGCAAAGUCUCUCGUCGGCAAGGUGUGGGGUAUUGGUGGCAACAGCAAACCCAAAGCCGUCCCCACGGCAUCGGCUCCAUCCAACAUUCCUGUUCCGAAGCCAGCCCCCGCGCCCGCUCCGAAGGCAUCGACUGUGCCUGCUUCGAACACACGAAAGGCAUCUGGAUCGCAGCUGCACCCCUCUUCGUUGGCUGUACCCAGCAAGCUCGUGAAGGCAAAACCAUCGGGAUCGACUGCGGACGCGAAGCUGACCGUUGACGGCACCAUCACAUCGACGAAGUCGAGCAGUUCGCGCUCUCGAUCCCCUAUCCCACCCUUCACUGCCCUCACAGGCACCAGCAAGUCAUCGGCCACCUCAGAGAGCCUCGUUGGCACUGCUCGUUCUCGUGUGAGCAGCUCGGGCAGCGCUACCGGGACCGCAAGCUCGCGCCAAACUACUCGCACGAGCGCAGUAUCAUCAAUGGGCGCGCGGACUAGCCUCAUGUCCGGCAACUCUGCUGCGUCCUCCAUGGGUACACGGCGGAGCGUGGCGAGCACGAACAUCCCCAGCUCGCCCGUUGACAGCAAAGAGCAGCCGAGCCUCCGCAAACGUACAUCUUCCCUCCUCUCGCCGACCGCUUCUUCCCUUGCGAAGACUGCCGCCCCUGUCAAAGGUCGCGCCUCCGGCCUGCCUGCUGUCGCCGAAGCGGAUCCGAAGCCAAAGUUGAAGCGCGCCAGUGCCACGCCGUCCGCCGGGACGGUGCUCAAGGCGGCGGGCAGCCCAAUGUCGCCACGGCCCACGCGGAUCUUCAGUCAACCCCUCACCAACCUCGGCGGUUCCCCCGCGUCCACCACUGGGGCACGUUCACUCACCGCCGCGGCGACAUUGCUCAUGGCCGACGCCGCGGACUCGCCGUCCAAGAUCCCCCGUCCCGCCGUGCUGCCCCCAAAGCCGAAGCAGCUCGUGGCGCGCAAGCCACGGAUCUCACGCGGCAAGGUCAUCGCGAAGCUCGGCGCGCAGCGUGCCGCUGCGGCUCGCGAGGGCGGCCUUGUAUCUCCUGGCCGCGCCGAUGGGUCAGGCGCGCGGAUACGCUCGAGUAUGGGCAACCAGGCGCGGCGGUCGCUCGGCGCGGUCAAGGCCGGGCGGACGAGCGCGGGAGCGGAUCUGCGGGUCGCCGUGAAGAAGCGGGCGCGACAGAGCGAGUACGUUCGUCGUCGCAGCCGCGCGGGUGGCGAGAACCACGCGGUUGAGGUCUGA